AAACAAGACUUCUGUACAGCUAAGAUGGGAGGACUGAUUGCUUUGAUUCUUCUCAGUGCUAUGUGUCUUAUCAAGGGUGAAGAAGUUCCUCGUUCUGUCUCUACAACUGAGCGUAAACCUGGUGACAAUGUAACCUUUUCCUGUCAAUCAUUGAAGGAAGACAGAUUUUUUCAGUGGUAUAAACAGUCUGUUGGCAAGAUGGUCCAAACAAUUGCCACAGGAGUUUAUAAAAGAAUUACUCAGGUGAAGCCAUUCAAUAAUACACGUUUUCAAAUUCGUAGAGAAAACGAAAAGAUAUUUCUUACCAUCAGUUCUAUUAAUAAAGAAGACGAAGCUAUAUACUUCUGCCAAAGUGGAAUAGAAUUGUCACAAACUUUUGUGAAUGGAUUCUUCUUAGUUGUAAAAGACUGUAAUCUUCAGACAUCUGUAUAUGUGGAACAAACACCAGAGGCUGCGGUGGCUAGGCCGGGAGACACCUUGAGCCUCCAGUGUUCUCUUUUCUCCAGCAAUCAUGAAACAAGACCUCAGUGUCCAGGAAAAAACUUUGUUCACUGGUUUAAAGCUGGAUCAGAAAGCUCUCAUCCAAGCAUCAUUUAUACUGCAAGGAACAGCACUGAUGAUGCAGUGAAGAGAAGUUGUGUCUACCACCUCUCAAAAACAUUAGAGAACUCCAGUGAUUUUGGAACUUACUACUGUGCAGUGGCUAUUUGUGGAGAAAUCCUGUUAGGUAAAGGAAGUAAACUAGAAACGGGUAUGUAUUCACAGUUUAUUCUCACAUAA